AUGUCCCCCUCCGUCAUGUCGCAUCUGUGGCUGUUGCUGUGCCUUGCAACUGAGAUCGAUGCAGGCUGUGGGAUCCAGCCCUGCGCGCUUUGCCAAGCGGAUGCAGAGACUCCUGAGCUGUCCUUCCUGCAAUCUUCCCUUCAACUUGCAGCUGUUGGACCAAAAGGCAAUGCGAGCAAGACUGCGCCAGUGUCCCGCCAUUCCAUGGGCCCUCAGGCCAAGGCAGGGUUGUUCCAGAUCAUUCCAAACACGGAGGAACCGAUAGCAGGAACUUUCCGGGAGAAGCUGGUUCCAGUCGCAGCUGUCCUAGUCUUCCCGUUAGCAGUUGUCUUUCUGCUCCUAGCGACUCAGCACCUGCCGGCGGGGUUUUAUCAAGGCGGCGAGUCAAACGCAUCAAGGAUGCUGCAGAGCGUUCGCCUUCCCAUUCCUCAGGCUCGGAUGGCUUCUGCCCCUGCCGCUUCUCCCGUUUGUGGGAGCAUGCUGUUGCCAAACAGCGAGGCCGUGCUCAACGGAUCUUUAACUGCGAUAAGGACGUCGAAGCGGGCCGUCAUCAACGGCAGCGCGGGAAGACCCCUUCUGCUGGCCGCCUUCGGAGUUUCGAAAGCGAGACGGCCGAUGCUUCGGGUGGCAUACCAAAGCUGUGAGACGGAUCCUCGAUGCAGUGUCGAGGUCGUCGAUGCGGAGACACCGCGGUUUUUCAUCUAUGGAAGGAAGGAUGUUCUCUAUGGUUCGAUGGAACCUAGCCCAGCAAGAGGGCAGAAGUGCUUGAUUAUCAAGCACAAGGAUUUGUCCAUCCUUCGUUUAGAGGUUGCCUCUCUCGAGAAUGUGGAGGUGGAAGCCACCAACCCCCACGAUGGUCGGAGAUUGGCGACUGCAGGUCUUCAUGCCCAGAAUGACCAGUGGCAGUUACAGGCCGAGCCUGGGGCCGACGCGCUGCUGAUCCUCUCCUGCAUCCUGGCGGUCGUCCGCUUGUGGCCUUCGGAGACCGCCGAGCAGCCAAGACUCUCUGGCGUUGACCAGGUGUCUGAGGCUGCCGACCAAGGGCCGACGGGGAGAACCGACGAAGUGAAAAGCAGCCCCACGGCACCCACUGCAUCCUAG